AUGGGCAAGGACCAGGAGCUGGUGCAGGCGGUGAAGGCGGAGGACAUCGCGGCCGUGCAGAAGCUGCUGCAGAGGCCCAAGCCCGGCAAAGCCAAGCUCCUCGGAUCAGCAAAGAAAGUCAAUGUCAACUUCCAGGACACCGAUGGGUUCUCAGCUCUGCACCAUGCGGCGCUUAACGGCAACACCGAGCUCAUCUCGCUGCUGCUGGAGGCACAGGCUGCUGUGGACAUCAAGGACAACAAAGGCAUGCGGCCCCUGCACUACGCAGCCUGGCAGGGCAAGAAGGAGCCCAUGAAAAUGGUGCUGAAGGCAGGUUCCUCUGUGAACAUCCCAUCGGAUGAGGGCCAGAUCCCUCUGCACCUGGCAGCACAGCACGGGCACUAUGACGUGUCGGAGAUGCUCCUGCAGCACCAGUCCAACCCCUGCAUCAUGGACAACUCGGGGAAGACACCCCUGGACCUGGCAUGCGAGUUUGGCCGGGUCGGGGUGGUCCAACUGCUCCUGAACAGCAACAUGUGCGCGGCACUGCUGGAGCCCAAACCGGGGGACACCACCGACCCCAACGGCACCAGCCCCCUGCACCUCGCCGCCAAGAACGGCCACAUCGACAUCAUCCGGCUCCUGCUGCAGGCUGGCAUCGACAUCAACCGGCAGACCAAGGCGGGCACAGCGCUGCACGAGGCCGCUCUCUGCGGAAAAACGGAUGUGGUGCGGCUGCUGCUGGAUAGCGGGAUCAACGCCCACGUCAGGAACACCUACAACCAGACGGCUCUGGACAUCGUCAACCAGUUCACCACCAGCCAGGCCAGCAAGGAGAUCAAGCAGAUGCUGCGGGAUGCCUCUGCAGCUCUGCAGGUCCGGGCCGUCAAGGACUAUUGCAACAACUACGACCUGACCAGCCUCAACGUGAAAGCCGGGGAUGUCAUCACCGUGCUGGAGCAGCACGCGGACGGGCGCUGGAAGGGCUGCAUCCACGACAACCGCACCGGCAACGACCGCGUGGGCUACUUCCCCUCCAGCCUCGUGGAGGCCAUCAGCAAACGAACAGGCAAAGUUGCAGGGACACGGCCAGCACUGCCUGGUGGAUCAGCCACGCCAGCCCCCGCCGAGGAGAUCUGGGUGCUGCGGAAACCCUUCGCAGGUGGCGACCGCAGCAGCCUGGGCAGCACGGGCAGCGUGGCCUCCGCACGCAGCUCGGGGAGCGGGCAGAGCGCGGGCAGCGGGGCACACGCCCUGCACGCCGGCUCCGAAGGUGUCAAGCUGCUGGCAACGGUCCUUUCCCAGAAGGCUUCUGCGCAAGAGUCUGCCGUGGGCGAUGGGCCGGCCAAGGCGCAGGACAUCCCCGCAGGUUCGUCACGGUCGCAGAGCGUGGCCAGCUCCCCUUACGCCCCCCAGCCCCCCGCCGAGCCCCAGCUGAAGAAAAUGGAGCCACCAUCAGAGGGGAAGAGCUCCGAAGCCGUGUACCAGUGGCUCUGCAAGUUCCAGCUGCAGCUCUACGCCCCCAACUUCAUCAACGCCGGCUACGACAUCACCACCAUCAGCCGGAUGACGCCGGAGGACCUCACGGCCAUCGGGGUCACCAAGCCGGGACACAGGAAGAAGAUCGCCUCCGAGAUCAACAACCUCAACAUCCCCGAGUGGCUGCCUGAGUACAAACCGGCCAACCUGGCGCUGUGGCUCUCCAUGAUCGGCCUGUCCCAGUACUACAAGGUGCUGGUGGAGAAUGGCUACGAGAACAUCGACUUCAUCACCGACAUCACCUGGGAGGACCUGCAGGAGAUCGGCAUCACCAAGCUGGGCCACCAGAAGAAGCUGAUGCUGGCGGUGAAGAAGCUGGCGGAGCUGCAGCGCGCCGAGCUGGGCAAGUACGAGCCGGGCACGCUGAAGAGGAAGGCGUCGGGGCCGUGCCCAGAGGUGCUGACCAUCGAGUCCCCCCCGCCGGAGCCACCCGAAUGCCAGUCGCCCAAGAUGACCACCUUCCAGGACAGCGAGCUCAGCAGCGAGCUGCAGGUGGCCAUGACGGGCGAAGGCCCCGAGGAGACCCCCGAGAAGGUGGCGAACCCCGCGGCCCCCGGUUACCGCUCGCCGCCGGGGCUGGGCGGCCGCGCCCGGCUCAUGAGCAGCUCGCAGGAGCUGCUGGGGGACGGCCCGCGGGCCCCCCCAGCCGCUGCCAUCUCCAAGAGCCAGGAAUACCUGGCCGAGGGAGCCGGGGAGAGCCCCCCCGCGCCGCCCAAGGAGAGCCGCCCUCCCCGGCACGGCCACCCCGUGAAGCGCGCCAGCGUGCCCCCGGUGCCCGGCAAGCCCCGGCAGCCCUUCCCAGCCUCUGCCGGGCAGCUGACACCACCGCAAACCCCCGGCAAAGCACGACCCUCGUCGCCACAAGGCCCGGCGACCCCUCACGCCACCGCCAAGGUGAAGCCCACCCCGCAGCUGCUGCCGCCCGGCGAGCGCCCGGCAUCGCCCCGCUCCCUGCCCCAGUCGCCCACGCACCGCGGCUUCGCCUAUGUCCUGCCGCAGCCCACCGAGGGCGAGGCGGCGCCGCCGGGGGUGCCCGUCCUGCCCGUCUCGGUGCCCGUGCUGUGCCUGCCGCCGGCGGGCGAGGGCGAGGAGGAGCCGGGCAGGCCGAAGAAGCGGGCGCACAGCCUGAACCGCUACGCUGCCUCCGACAGCGAGCAGGAGCGGGACGAGCUGCUGGUGCCGGACGCGGGGCCCUACGCCACCGUCCAGCGCCGCGUGGGCCGCAGCCACUCGGUGCGGGCACCCGCCGGUGGCGACAAGAACGUCAACCGCAGCCAGUCCUUCGCCGUCCGCCCCAAGAAGAAGGGACCCCCGCCGCCCCCUCCCAAGCGCUCCAGCUCUGCCAUCUCCAGCGCCGGCAUGGCCGAGGACUUCCCCAAGGAGGGUGAGGGCGAGGCGGCCGUCGGAGCCCAGAGCGCCGAGGGCGAGAGCCGCCGGGACCAGCGGCGGGCGAGCGACCUGGGCGGCAGCGUGGACACGGGCAGCGCCGGCAGCGUCCGCAGCAUCGCGGCCAUGCUGGAGAUGUCCUCCAUCGGCGGCGGGGCCCGAGCGCUGGCGCUGCAGAAGCCGCACGUGGCAGCCGGGCCGGGGCCAGCGCCGGCCAAAGCGCCCGAGGGCUACUACCUACAGCCCGGCCCGCCCCCGGGCAGCCCCGACCGCGCCCGCGUGGCCACCGUCCUGGCCACCGUCAAACAUAAGGAGGCCAUCGGGCUGGACGGGGAGGUGGUGAACCGGCGCCGGACCAUCAGCGGCCCGGUCACCGGGCUGGUGGCAGCCGCCCGCCGCGAGCGCACCGACAGCGUGCGGUCGGAGGCGGCCGCCGACGGCCCCGGCGAGCGGCCGCGGGUGGAACGCGGCGGCUCCCCCGACGGCAUCCCCUUCGCCGAGGACGGAACCCUCACCAUCAAGCAGCGGCCGCGGCCCCUGGGACCGGCCCGCGGAGAGACGGGCGAGGGGCUGUCCCCGGCUCAUCGCCACGGGGACCUGGCCAAGGUGGAGGCCAGCGCCACGCUCAAGCGGCGGAUCCGGGCCAGGCAGAGCCAGCAGGACGGCGUCCGCUUCGUCCUCACCGAGUCCGACACCGUCAAGCGCCGGCCCAAAGCCAAGGACAAGGAGGCGGCGCUGGAGCCGGCCACGCUCGCCGUGUACCAGAACGGCACCGGCACCGUGAAGCGGCGGCCGGCCUCGGAGCUGAGCGGGGCUGAGCCGCCGCCCACCCCUCCGCUCGCCGCCCGCCCCGACGGCCCCGAGUUCGUCCCUCCGCCCGCCGAGCCCAAGAAGCCCUUCAAGCCGCCGGUGUCCCCCAAGCCUGUGCUGACGCAGCCGCCUCAGAAGAUGCCUGGGCCGCCGGUGCCCGUCCCCAAAAAGGUGCCCAUCCCGAGCCCCGGCAGCCCAGAGGUGAAGCGGGUCCAUGGCACGCCGCCCCCGGUGUCCCCCAAGCCCACGCCGCCCCCCACGGCUCCCAAGCCCCCCAAGCCCCACACCGCCAUCCAGUCGGUGAGCGCCAGCUCCACGCCGGCCCCGUCGCCAGCCCGGCAGCUGAGCCCCGCGGCCAAGCCCUCCAGCACUCCGCCCUCGCUCUGCUCCAGCCCCGCCAAGCCCCUGUCGCCCGGUGCGCAGCCCCAGCAGGUGCCGGUGAAGCCGCCGCGCUCCACCAUCGCCAGCCCGUCCGUCGACAGCGCCGGCCCCGAGCUGGCGCAGCAGAAGCUGGAGGAGACGAGCGCGUCCCUGGCCGCAGCGCUGCAGGCUGUGGAGGAGAAGAUCAAGCAGGAGGACAGUCAGACGGCAGACUCGGCCGUGGAGUCAAAGAGCACCGUGAGCAUCCUGGACGACAUCGGCAGCAUGUUCGACGACCUGGCAGACCAGCUGGAUGCCAUGCUGGAGUGA